GUGAACUAACCCUUUAAGUAACAAUAAGUAAUGCGUAACACUUUCCAGAAAAGAGCGUUGUAACUUCUUUGUUGAGGUAGAGCUAGAGCUGGACUGUAUAAUUGUGGCAUGUUAGAGCUGGGAGUCUUCUGCUGUUACACAGUUACCGUAAGUACACCAUGAGUAUUCAAAGCAGCACUGGAUAUAUUCAAUAUCAUUAUGCUGAUUAAUGUGCUGUAAAUAUAGCUGUUAAUCAGCUUGUAAUUGGAUUUUUUAAAAUAACCGAUUGAUCUUGCAAAACAAUGCAACUCUUUGCCAGGACUGCAAACGUUCUCCUCCCAUCCUGUGGAUUAAAUCAAAGCGUCACAUUGUCUUCACCUCAGUUAAUCUGUAAGCCUUCAAAGGUUGUGAAUGUGGACCUGAAGAAUGAACAGCUCUAAGGGCCCCUAACAGACUAUGAACUAGCAGUCAGACCCCUUACAGUGGCUUCGAGGAUCACAUCUGAAAAGAUCAUGGACGUCUCGAGUCCCAGAACUGACACUUUGUCUAUGGAGCCCAGUGCCAAGCUGUUUUGCUGUGGUUUUUUAAGGCGCUGCAUCCCUCUGGUAUACAGAGAAGAGCUCUACCACAUCCUGCGCAUGACUGGACCCCUGCUUGUGUGUCGGUUCCUGAAUUUCCUCCUUUUCUUUGUGGUGACAAUGUUUUGUGGACGUAUGGGGAACACUGUGCUAGCGGGCUACGCCAUGGCCUCAGCUACUAUCAAUGUAACAGCUGCAGCGACGGGGUUUGGACUUGCUUUGCCAUGUGACACUUUGGUAUCACAGACAUUUGGGAGUAAGAACCUUCUCCGUGUGGGCAUAAUACUGCAGAGAGGCAUCGUAAUUCUGAUGCUCUUCAGUUUGCCCUGUUGUGCUUUGCUUGUGAACACCCAACCGCUCCUUCUCUAUCUGGGACAGGACCCAGAGGUGGCCAGGAUUGCACAGCUCUAUGUGGUUGCAUAUUUGCCAGCAAUUCCAGCCAUGUUUCUAUAUCAGCUGCAACUGUCAUACCUUCAGAACCAGGGAGUGAUCAUGCCUCAGAUGUAUGCAUCUGCAGUUGCCAAUGUUGCCAAUGUGAUAGUGAACUACUUUCUGCUGUACUGGUGGGAUUUUGGAGUUUAUGGGUCUGCUGCUGCAAACACCUUUGGUCAGGUCUUUAAUUGUUUUGCCCUGUUUUGUUUCAUUCGCUGGCAGAAGCUCCAUGAGAAAACUUGGGGAGGGUGGUCUUCUGAGGCCCUGCAGGAAUGGGGUUCCUAUAUGAAGCUGGCCAUCCCCAGUACCCUGAUGACCUGUUUUGAAUGGUGGAUCUAUGAAGUUGGAGGCUUCCUGGCAGGAAUGCUGAGUGAGGUUGACCUGGCUGCUCAACACGUGGUUAUAAUGCUGGCGUACAUCAACUUCAUGAUCCCAUUAGGAAUGCAAGGAGCAGCAUGUGUUCGUGUGGGAAAUGCACUUGGCGCUGGGGAAACAGCUGCUGCCAUUGUCACCUGCAAGGUUUCUCUCAUCAGCUCAGCUGUUAUAGCAAUCAUUCAAGGUUUAGUCCUGGGCUCAACAAAAACGGUCAUUGGCUUCAUAUUCACUUCAGAUGAGACUAUAGCAGAGCUUGUGUCUCAGCUACUUAACAUCUACUGCCCUCUUCAGUUCUUUAAUGGAGUAGUGUGUGUUGGCAUGGGCAUUCUCAUUGGCACCGGGCAGCAGAAGAUAGCUGCUAUUGCUAACCUCUUUGGCUACUACUGCAUUGGACUCCCAUCGUGCAUUGUUCUGAUGUUCACGGCCAAGUUACAAGUUGCUGGCUUUUGGCUGGGCCUCCUUAUUGCAGUCUUUUUGCUUGCAAUUUUUUUUGUUGUGGCCAUUUUCAAAUUAGACUGGAAGAAAAUGACCAAAGAGGCAAUUGAGCGUACAGGAAAGAGUGCAAAUGGAGGAGUGACCCCUGAGUUUGAUUCAAAUCAUCGCAACAGCUUCUACCAGGUGGUCCUGAAUACAGAGAAUGGGAAUGGAUACAUGGUUGUGAGCUCUCACGAUCAGGAGGAGGGGCUCAACAGUACUGUGGUACAUGAGGAGCCAAACGUGACUCGCGUGGAGGAAAAGCCCAAAGCUCUGCUCUCUACCUCUCAGCUGAUCCUCAGGAGGGGUCUGACUACCCUCGCUGCUCUUCUCAUCCUAGCUGUAGGGAUAGCCAUCCAUCUCAUUGUGCCUUUACCUGAGGUGUCUUAUGGUGCCGGUGCAAAUUUUACUUUGCUCUCAAACUUUACCACAGCCGCUCCUAUUUAUUCAACAAGUAUUGUAUGAAAAUAGGACCUUACAGUAGGUAGAUUCAAUGUGUGUGAACAUUAUCUGUAUGUAUCUGUAUGCUGUGAGAAGCAACAACAUUUUUUAUUGAAUUAGAAAAAUAGACACAUUUUUACAGUCGUCUCAGCCUCUAUAUUGUGACCUAGACAGAUGAUCAUGUAUUUUAUCCUCAGUGCAUUUGCUUUGUCCACAUCAUUAGGCCGAAUGGUGAGAAAAUCGACCAGCUUAGCAGAAAAAAGGUCUGUUCCCCAGUGACACAGUCAUAUAAUCUCUUCAGUUGACAUUUGUAGUCAGGCGUCUGCUGGAGAAA